AUGGGAAUCUCUUUGUUGAAUCAGAUGCUUAGUUCAGAUUUUAAUGACUAUUACGCUGUGAAAUAUGAGGGAUAUCUUUUGGAGAAGUAUGGGGAGGAAAGUAGCCAACACCGAGAACUUGACAAAGAAUUGUGGUACGAAGCUUCCGGGGGAAAAAAGAGAGGCAAAGUCUAUGGGUUAAGCAAUGUUAAGAAUGAUUUUAACGUUCAGCAUCACGGCAAACAAGGCCAAGAGAUCGAAAGGUUGAAUGUGAUUAUCCAAGAUAUAGUGAAAGAAAAAGAAGAAGAAAAAGAAAUGUUGAACGAUAUUAUUGCGGGAUUGGUGGUGGAAAAAGAGAAAGAUAAGGCGGAGAAAGAGAUUAUGAAUGAAAGAAUGGCAAACAUUGAAGUGAUGCUAAAAGCUAGGUUUCAAAACGCAUAAUCAUUGACUUAGGUUCCAAAACGUAUAAACACUUUGUUUUGAA